GGAGACUGCUCCUCAGAGCCGGCGGGAGCGGUCGUGGCAGCAGCUGUACGGGGCAGCGACGGCCUGCCAUACAGACCGAGAGGAGGAGGAGGAGGAAGAAGAGGGGAGGGAGGGAUCUAGGAGAGAAAACUCGACAAACUGAGGACUGUUCGUUACCCCUUGGCUAUUUUGCGAGUGUUUACUGAAGAUUGCACCAAAUUUCCGCUCCCCCACCCCACUUCCAUCCUAUAUAAAAUGUAACUUGGCUUUUAAUGAGUCACCUCAGACACUUGCCAUUUGCGGGUAUGAAAGCUUGAAGCACUUUGGCGAUUGCAUCUGCCGUGAGAAAGGGAACUUUGGGACUGAGGCUUGGUUGGAUUAUGGCUCGCUCCCUGCGAAAGCAGUUCCCCUCCAGGUAUAAAAUCACAGCAAAGAGCCCUUGGCACGGUGCACCCACUGGCACAGUAAUGCCAAGCCGCCUGCGAGAGUACUGAUCUGCAUUGGAGUGCUGUCAAAAAAUCUCACACUUGUACAGAGAAAAGACACCACGGCUUCUACUUGGCAUUGAUUUUAAUAUUGUUUUGGCUGCUCGUGAAUAUAUCGACGUUUACGUUUUCCUACUUAAUAUUGCCAAAUCUAGUUCAAUUGAAAAGGGGGGAGUUACUCUCCACCCCUUCAAAAACGGUUAAUUUCGACAUAUGUGCUGGUUUUCACACGUGGUGUUAAAACACUACCGUUCCUUUUCUUGGGGGAAUGAACCUAUGGCAACGACGUUGUAAGAAAAGGGAACAGAAAACGAAAUGAAGGAAAAGUCCAAAAAUGCUGCCCGGACGAGACGGGAGAAGGAAAACAGCGAGUUUUACGAACUGGCCAAAUUACUGCCACUGCCAUCUGCAAUAACCUCCCAGCUCGACAAAGCCUCCAUCAUCAGACUGACAACCAGUUAUUUAAAGAUGAGAGUGGUUUUCCCUGAAGGACUCGGAGAGGCCUGGGGGCAGACCAGUCGCACUGGUCACUUGGAUAACGUCAGCCGAGAACUGGGGUCUCACCUGUUACAGACCCUGGACGGCUUUAUUUUCGUGGUGGCUCCGGAUGGGAAAAUUAUGUACAUCUCUGAGACCGCGUCAGUUCAUUUGGGACUGUCACAGGUAGAGCUGACUGGGAACAGUAUUUAUGAGUACAUCCACCCUGCUGAUCAUGAUGAAAUGACUGCAGUUCUGACAGCUCAUCAGCCCUACCACUCUCACUUUGUUCAAGAAUAUGAAAUUGAACGGUCCUUCUUUGUGAGGAUGAAAUGUGUCUUGGCAAAGAGGAAUGCUGGUUUAACCUGUGGUGGUUACAAGGUUAUCCAUUGCAGUGGCUAUCUAAAGAUUCGUCAGUACAGUCUAGACAUGUCUCCCUUUGAUGGUUGUUACCAGAAUGUUGGAUUAGUGGCAGUUGGCCAUUCACUGCCCCCAAGUGCUGUGACAGAAAUCAAACUGCACAGCAAUAUGUUCAUGUUUCGAGCUAGCCUUGACAUGAAACUGAUAUUUCUUGACUCCAGGGUAGCUGAACUGACAGGCUAUGAACCUCAGGAUUUAAUAGAAAAAACUCUCUAUCAUCAUGUCCAUGGAUGUGAUACAUUUCACUUGCGCUGUGCUCAUCAUUUGUUGCUUGUCAAAGGACAGGUAACAACAAAAUAUUACCGCUUCCUUGCAAAGCAUGGAGGUUGGGUAUGGGUUCAGAGCUACGCAACAAUAGUCCACAAUAGCAGGUCAUCUCGGCCCCACUGCAUUGUUAGUGUCAACUACGUUCUCACGGAUGCUGAAUAUAAGGGAUUGCAACUGUCACUUGAUCAAGUAACAGCAACAAAACCAUCCUUUUCAUAUGCAAACUCAACCCCAACCAUCACGGACUCAAGGAAGACAAGCAAGUCCCGUCUUAGCCGAACAAAAUCCAAGCCAAGAACAUCACCUUAUCCACAGUAUUCUGGAUUUCACAAAGAAAGAUCUGAAUCGGACCAUGAGAGCCAAUGGGGAGGAAGUCCACUGACAGAUAAUGCUUCCCCACAACUGCUGGGUCACACAGAAGGGUCACAGCCUUCCCAGCACGACAUUAUUUCCUGUGCCUAUGGACAGUUUUCCGACAGAAAUUCGUUGUGCUACGGCUUUGCCCUCGAGCACUCCAGAUCGGUGGAGGAAAGGCAGUCCCACUUCCACACAUCACCGUGUGAGGCUGGAAGGUGCGAGGCAGGCAGAUACUUUCUUGGGGGCUCGCAAUCUGGAAGAGAGAAUUGGUGGAACUCCUCUCGUAUGACACUAGCUCUGACUAAGUCGUCUCCAGAGAGCAGGGAGGGAUAUGAAAACAGCAUGCCACACAUAGCUUCUAUUCCCAGUAUUCAUGGAAGAGGACAUUGGGAUGAAGACAGUGUUGUCAGUUCACCAGAUCCUUGUUCUGCCAGUGAAUCCGGGGACAGGUACCACAAUGAGAGGUACCAGAGUAGUCCACAUGAGCCAAGUAAAAUCGAGACUCUGAUUAGAGCAACACAGCAAAUGAUCAAAGAAGAGGAGAGCAGGCUGCAAAUGAGAAAAACUACCUCGGAUCAGUUACCGCCAAUGAAUGGCGUAGGCAAGCUCCAUGCUGCAUGUUUUAAUGUAAGCUACCAACAGCAACAAAUGACCAGUGUUGUGUGUCGUGCUCCACCAAUGUCUAACAUCUCUCGCUGUGAUCACCUCCAACAAAGAGAUGGGAAGAUCGUCAGCCCUCAUGAAAACGAAUACAAUGGCAGCCCCAUUUCACUCUCAAGAAUAAGUAGCCCUAGUUCAGAUCGAGUUUCAAAGACAAAUGUAGCCUUAAAUAAGGACUACCUAGCGUCAGACAUGUCUCCUCAUCAAACAGGGGGGAACUGUGCAUCGUCCCCGAACUAUUACUCCACCCAUCCCCGACAGUACUUUGAUAAACAUGCCUAUGCACUGACUGGCUAUGCUUUUGAGCACCUGUAUGAUAGUGAAGCCAUUAAAAACUAUUCUCUGGGCUGCAAUGGCACUCACAUUGACGUGACCUCUCACUUCCGAAUGCAACAGGAUCCAACCCAUGUACACAAGAGCACCACGGUAAUUAUUACUAAUGGAAGCUGAUGUUUCACUGUAGUAGAAGUUAGGGUGAAAGAUAGCAAGCAGGAAGAGAGCAGCAACUUGGAUUUAAAGGAAACAUUGAAGCUGCACUUGUAUUCCCAGUGCCAGCUUGCACAUGGGCACUGAACCGGGUUUAUCACUCUGCUGUGCUUGACAGUCAAUCUAGUGUAUGCACUACACGUUUUAGGUUAAUCAAUAAGGCCGGUGGGGCAGGAAAGCUUUCCUCUUUUCUAUUUGUGGCAAAAUCAUAAAUAUGAUUUUUUUUUGAAAGGCGUUUACAAUUUUGCUACACAUAGCACACAAAGUUUUUCCCCUCUUAUUCCCACUCCACCCCAUGGUAUAAUCUGCAUUAAAUGGUGAGUCAGUUACAUCAGAGUUAAAUAUAAACCAGGCUAUAGGAUCUAUUUUGGGUUGUAUUUCAAUGCGUUUAAUGAAAGUUUUUCUAAAGCAUUCUGGCAGGAGUAUUAAGACAGGGUUGAAUAAUUUAACCUUCUACAAUGCACAGAUUCAAGUGGAAUAAUUCCUGACUUUAAAAGCAAAGUAUUGAUUGUGAUAAACUGGCAGACUGGGAAUUACAUCUCGCUGACCAGCCUAAGGUAAUAUCAUAAUGGCGAGCUGGCUGGUUGGCAGCACCUCAUAUCAAUAAGUUAAUUCACGAGUCACUUAUAUAGCUGAACAUUGAGGGCUAAAUUAUGUUGAAUCAGCCACAUGUUGCUUAAAAGGACUUGGUUAACAUGGAAAGGAAAAGAUUUAUGAAAGCUUUCAUGUAUCAAAGAACAGUUUGAACGUUGGCAUCAAAGUCUAUGAGUGUAGCAGUGAAGAAUGAUGGGCACUUGACUUUAACAUCCAUCGGCUCAUUUCACUUUCCAGUCGUACCAAAACGCUUGCUUGUGAGACAGGAAAUCUCGUGUUUGCAAUUGGAGAAAUAAAUGCAGUGAACCAACUAAACAAAUUGAAUUGAAUUGAAGUUACUUGGCACACAGCGGGUCUUUUUUUCACAAGGUAUUUAACACGUUUUACAAGGCCGUUGCUUUCUUUUGCUGAGUUGUUCACACAGAAUGAUGGCAGUUCCAGCAAUUAACAAAAGAAAGCCAUAGACCAACACUUAAGGAAAGAUUACACACAAAAAUUUUUUUUUUCUGUUGGUUAUACUCAAAAUAUUGAAACACCUGUAAAGUUAGGCCUAUUUUUGUACCCAUUGCAAAUGCCUUUCCUUAAGUAUCUACUUUCCAUAAGAAUACAAGUCCAGUUUUCAAGGUAUCUUGAGGUGCAGUGGCAGUGUCUCUACCUCUUGGCUAGGCAGCUCAGGUUCAAGUCCCACCAGCCCCAGACAUGUACCAUAACAUUUCUGAAUAGGUUAUUUCAAAAGCCCACUUUUGAACUUGUCAUUUUAAAAGAAAAUUUGUGCCCAAUAAAGGAAAAAGGAGUUUGCUCACAAAUCUAAUCUUCUAUCAAGUUUUCCCAUCCAGACCCAGCUGUGUACAGGAAAUCCAGUUUGUCAGAUUUUUAAAAUCACUUGCCUUGAAUUUGAGUAAUCUUAUGAUGAAUUUGCAAGUCCCUUUCAGUCAGCCUUUUUCAGAUUGACAAGCCAGCUCAGCCUGAAUGACAAGCCUGCAUGGUGGCUUGUAACAGGACUCAUUAGCUUGUGGUUCUCUACCUUAGAAACUGCCUGUUCAGUUUGACAUAGCAGCUAGUAAAAAUGGGUAGAAAAGGAACAAGUCAAAUGGACUGAAACAAAUGGCAAAAGCAGGCCAGAAUGCUACAGAACUGUAUUCUGUUUCUGUGGUAAUUGAUUUUCAAACUAGAAAGUCAUUUUUACUUAAAAGCCAGAGGGGUCAUUUGGGGCAUUUUUGGUUAUUUUAGCAACUUGCCUCAAUAGUUCUUUCUCUGUACAUGACAGAAACUAUAGUGAGUCCCUAUUAUGAAGAGAAUUGGAUCAUCCCCAAUAUUCUUUUAAACAGUCAAGAAUACGAUUGAGAACAUGAUGUUUUCCAUUCAAUAAGAUCCUAUUGAAUAUCUUCACUUUUUUUUGCUAGGUUCCACUGAUCAGCCAGCUCCAUGUUUUGGCAGGUGUUCUGCCUUUAAACUGUACAGUUCCUGGCUUGUUCCAUUAUUGUUUUAAUAGAUGAAACUGUAAAUAAUUGAGUGCAUGACUUGAGAUUACAGUUAUGGUCAAAGCCCAGAAAAUUUGACUUAUUGCCUUUCCAAUAAUAACAAAAAAAACUGGAACUCUGAACUGAAACUGGAACGAGAUGUAUGCGAUUAAAUUAUUGUCCUACUGAGAGUUAAUUUUCUUAUGCAAUUAAUUUCUUUCUAACUUCAGAAGCUAAACAAAGACAUACUUUAUCAGCCCUAUACUACAGCAGGUCACAAAAUACCAUACAAAGAAUGACAAGAAAUCACGUGACAAGAAAGCUGGACCAUGCAACAGCCCUUGAAGCACCAGUAAUGGCAUUUGAUAUUUUGAACAAUAUAGAGUUUCUGUUUAUUCAGGAGGCUGGGUGCUUAUUCUUGGAUAGAUUAGGGUCUGCCUUGCUUUCUCUGUCUUGAUGUCCUGAUUUUAAAAAAUCCGGUGAUAUUCUGUUGGAAAUGUUACUGUUCUGAUAAAAUUCUGCCUGCAACCCACCACUUAACAGUGUACAGUUGUUGGUAGCCUUGUAGUACAUGUUGAUGUGAAUACAAUUGUAAAAUGGUGCCAAGUUCUUUUUGUGUAUUCAUAUAGAUGACUAUUAUUUGUAUAGUUAAUCCCUAAGAUCCUGUAAAGUGUUUCCUGUUAGAUUUAUUUAUAUUGUAAAUAGUUAUAACAUUUGAAGUACAUGUGCAUAAAAUGUAUUUAUUAUGUGAAGAAAGAAUGUUUUGGGUUUUGAAACAUAGUUACAAUUAAACAGGUUUUUUGUUUCUAUGAGUCCACUCUGGGCAAUA